GUAGAUAAUUCGAGAUAAUUCAAUAGAUCCGACCAAGAUUGCUUCACUCCAAUCCCAGGCGUCUGUAUGUUGGCGUCAUGUAAACACGACCCCUUCUGACCUGCCUGAUUUCACCAGACCCAGCACUCCUCUGUUCCCACCUCAUGCCUCCCCCCCCCAAAUUGGUCGCCUUCAAUCCUCACAUUGGUCACAACAACAAUCAGGCUUGUGUCCUUCACUUGGCCAGGCCUGGGUCAGCGUAUACUCCCUCAUUUCAGCAUAUCACAGGUCACACCACCGGUUACUAACUGGCCUAUUUGCAAUGCCAGAUCAGCUUGCCUCAGAUUUAUGCCUUUUACCCCACCCCACAAGACAUCCAAGAUCCGUCUGUCUGCCUCGUGGAACAGCCACUUUCAGAGAGUCAACAUGA